GUUGGCUUGGUAUUGUCAAUCUUACUCACGUAUCGUUUCCUAAGACACCUCUUAUUUUCCAGGUAUUGUUUUUGAUGUACCACUACUAUGCUGCAACAGAGAUUUAUAAUGCAAUCCGUAUGUUCAUUGCGGCAUAUGUGUGGAUGACGGGAUUUGUAAACUUCUCUUAUUAUUAUGUCCGGAAGGAUUUCAGCAUUGCACGGUUUGCACAGAUGAUGUGGCGGCUUAAUUUCCUUGUGGCAUUCUGCUGCAUCGUGCUUAAUAACAAUUACAUGCUAUACUACAUCUGCCUAAUGCACACCCUUUUCACUCUCAUGGUUUAUGGUGCACUUGGAAUUCUAAACAAAUAUAACGAGAUAGGGUUGGUUAUUGCUGCAAAAAUCGUUGCCUGCUUUUUGUUGGUUAUUCUGAUUUGGGAAGUCCCUGGAGUAUUUGAGUUGAUUUGGAGUCCAUUCACAUUCCUUCGUUGGGAUGAUAUAUGCUUACUAUCACCCAACUGUAAGUUUUGA